AGCUUAUAUUUUCUUGUUAUUCCAAGUUGCUUAUAAAAAUAAGCUUUCCUGCUCCCUCCCCCCAUUCUCUAGCUCUUGUUAUCUAAGUUUAUCAGUAUGAACUCGAAUAUUUUUACCUCAGUGAUAAAACUUAUUUGAACCCAAGAAAAACACAUGAAAGAAUCAUGCUUCUUUUUUAACCAUUCCUGUCUGGCACACAUGCAGGUGCUAGGUAAUCAAAUAAAGAUAUCAUUUAUUGGUAGUUGGAAAUCAUGUGUUUCAGGUUCUGUUGGUAAAAUUGGAAGCAUUCGUGUUUUCAAAAACAUUAUGAGAAGAAAAGGGAACCUUUUUUGCUGUCCUUUUAUACCUUGUUCUGGAAAUUGUAAACCUUGUGACACAAAUUAUAAUUUUUCUUUUAAGCUUUCUAAGAUUUCUAAUGCAGGAUACUUUUUUGUUUAGUUAUACCAUUUUCUUACUCACCUACCAUAUAAAUUAGUUCAUUAUUAGUCAUUUUAUACUUAAUAUUUUGAGAACAAACGAUUCAAUCUUAUUUGGGAAAGUUUGUCAACAUUUAUAAAUUUAUGAAAUACAUUGUACUCUGAAAUGUUUUUCCCUUUCAUGGUGAACCCCUGUCCUCUGCCAAACUCAAAGCAAAAUGCAAAUUAAACCCCAUGUAUUUUCAUAUUCUGAAUAUUUCAUUCUUCUUACUUAAAAUGAAUCUAACCAAUCCAUGCUUAAAAUAUUUUUGUGACUUUUUCAGUAUAUUUUAGUUAGAGUAUUACCUAAUCAAGUUAGGGUUGCCAAGAUUUUUUGUUGUAUUAUUCGAUUGAACAAAGAUUAAGAGAAAUUGGAAUUGAAAAUUCUUCAUUUAUUCUAUGGUACUUACAAAUGUCCAAACUCAACUCAUCAGAAUAAUAGUCUACUUUCCUAGCUAUUAGUAGUUAUUAUUGUGGAAUGUAAUAAGGUUCAGUUAUUUAAGAUCACAUUUCAUUUAUAAUUUCCUAAUUUAGCAUUGUGGAUUUGAAGUAGAAAAAUCUAGGUUCAAAUUUAGUAUCUGUUACAUAGUUACCCUUUAACUUUCCUAGACUUCUUUCUUCAUAUGUAGAAUGAUCAUAUUGGUCUUGGUGAUCUUCAAAGUUCCUUCUAGGCCUGAAAUCCUUUGUUGCUAAACUGUAGUCUUAAUAUAUCAAAUCUCAAAAGGUUUUUUAAUAUUAUAAAUUAAUCUGUUAUCUUGUGUUUAUGCUUUGUAUCUAUCUAUCUUUAUUGGUUUGCAGAUUAUUAACUGCUGUAUGUGUCCUUUGGUGCCAGUCAUUUUCAAUGAUAUUUGAAAUGCCAUGGCAUCUUUAGUAGGCAAGAGCUAACUCUUGGAGAACUCUAAUAGAACAUAUUAUGUGGCUUUUCAGAAUAUGUUUUUAGGUUAUAGAAGUUUGGUGCUUUGGCCCUGUUAUUAUUGACACAUUGCUUUUUUUCUGUCAAGGGGACCAGGGUAGAGGAAAAGAGUUGUGAUGUAGAAAAUAAUAGCUAUUCCAAUGGAAGCCCCUAAGCUUGCAAGUUCUCUGUGAAAUGGCUGCAGCCUGGAGUGAACAGUGAAAUGGUCUCCACUGGGCAUGCUCACUCUGUAGAGGGAGCUUUUAUCACAUGAGCAGAAACUGAAUCACUGUUCAUGAGGAUCUGGAAUAUGCAACUCUUUGAGUCUUCAUCAAAAGAAGACGACAGAUGCCUGCAGCAAGCAGUGUUGAGUAAGGGAGAGACUAAGAAGGAUACCUGCAUGAAGACUGAACUGCUGAAAGAUAUCACCAACAAUAAAGAAGAAGGGGGUAAUGCCAUGGCUGCUGAUGAAAGUUCAACAGAAAAGCAAGGAGGGGAGCCUCAAAUGGCAGCGGAUGGUGAAACAAACGGUUCUUGUGAAAGAAAUGAAGCCAAUAGUCAUCCCAAUCCAACUAAACACACUCAGGACAAUACAAAAGCCAGCCCACAGGAGCCUGCUAAUAAGUUAACCAGAAUAGCUGAAAAUGGAAUUUCUGAGAGAGAUAGUGACUUUGGGAAACAAAAUCAUGUGAAAGCUAGUGAUUUCACCCAGACUUCUCUCACAGGAAGUAAUGGCUAUAUCUUAACCAAACAGACAUUACCAGAACAGCCCAUAAGGACUACCAGCACCUUGGCUUCUUCUCUUCCUGGCCAUGCUGCAAAAACACUUCCUGGAGGAGCCAACAAGGGAAGAACUCUAAGCUCAUUUCCUCACGUACAGGCUGCAACGCCUACCAAGCUAGGUGAAGGGAGUAAAGAUCUAGAUCAUAAAAAACCCGCCACUACAAAUCCUGAUGUCAAAGUCCACAGAGCUCGGAAGACUAUGCCUAAGUCCAUCCCCAGCCUGCAUGCAACCAGUAAGGACCCCAGAGAAGUUCGAGAUUCUAGAGAUCAUAAAGAAUCAAAGGAGGAAAGCAACAAAAAUGUUACGGAGUUUGGAAAACAGCAGCUUUUGCCCCCUCUAUCAUCCCUUCAUCAGUCGCUACCUCAGAACCAAUGCUACAUGGCCACCACAAAGUCACAGACAGCUUGCUUGCCUUUUGUUUUAGCAGCUGCAGUAUCUCGGAAGAAAAAACGGAGAAUGGGAACUUACAGCCUGGUUCCUAAGAAAAAGACCAAAGUUUUAAAGCAGAGGACGGUGAUUGAGAUGUUUAAGAGCAUAGCUCAUUCCACUGUGGGCACCAAGAGUGAGAAGGAUGUAGGUGAUAGUAGUCUUCAUGUAAAUGGAGAGAGUUUGGAGAUUGACUCAGAAGAGGAUGACUCUGAUGACUUAGAAGAAGAUGAAGAUCAUGGAUCUGAGCAACCCCCGUCAUUUCCUGUAGAGGACAGUAGGAUCUCUAAAGAGAGCAUAUCUGAAAUUGAUCGGGCCCAAAAGAUGGAAGAUGGGGAGUCUGAAGAGGAGCAAGAAUCUGGAGAAUCUGGGGAGGAAGAAGAAGAUGGGGAUGAAUCUGAUUUGAGUUCAGAAUCUAGCAUUAAGAAGAAACUUCUGAAACGGAAAGGAAAGAUAGACAGCCCAUGGAUUAAACCAACCAGGAAAAGGAGGAGGAGGAAUAAAAAGAAACCAAGCAGUGUCUUAGGUACUGAAACAUACAAAUCAUCUUUGGGAAGCACAGGACAAGCUGGUCAGGAAAAUAGUAUGGACUAUAUGGAGGUUUCUCUGGAUUCUUUGGAUCUCCGAGUAAAGGGAAUUUUAUCUUCACAAUCAGAAGGUCUAUCCAAUGGUCCUGAAGCAGUGGAAAUUGAUGGCCUUCAGGAAGUGCCUCUCUGUAGCUGUCGAAUGGAAACUCCAAAAAGUCGUGAGAUCACUACUUUAGCUAACAAUCAGUGUAUGGCCACUGAAAGUGUAGACAAUGAGUUGGGCAGGUGCACAAACAGCGUGGUUAAAUAUGAAUUGAUGCGUCCAUCAAACAAUGUCCAGCUCUUGGUGCUAUGUGAGGAUCACAGAGGGAAAAUGGUGAAACAUCAGUGUUGCCCUGGUUGUGGGUACUUCUGCACAGCUGGUAAUUUUAUGGAAUGUCAACCUGAAAGUAGCAUCUCUCAUCGUUUUCAUAAGGACUGUGCCUCCUAUGUUAAUAAUACGAGCUAUUGCCCCCAUUGUGGGGAAGAGACCUCAAAAGCAAAAGAGGUGACCAUAGCCAAAGCAGACACUACUUCUACAGUGUCGCUUACCUAUGUCCAAGAGAAACCAGCUACUGUAGAGGGAAGGGCUGACACUACAACCGGUAGCAGUGGAGUUGGGACACAGUUAUCUGAGGAGGAGAAGCCUGAAAGUUCAACUCCUCAAGCUCCUGAAGGUUUCGAAUUGUCUGGGUCUUCAGCUUUUGUCAAGCCUACUACUGGUCUUUCACAGGGACCAGUAAAAGAAACCUUGGAGAGUGCUUUGAUUGCUUUGGAUUCUGAAAAACCGAAGAAGUUACGUUUUCACCCAAAGCAGCUGUACUUUUCUGCAAGGCAAGGAGAACUGCAAAAAGUACUGCUUAUGUUAGUUGAUGGGAUUGAUCCUAACUUUAAAAUGGAGCACCAGAAUAAAAGAACCCCACUCCAUGCAGCUGCAGAGUCUGGCCAUGUGGACAUCUGUCAUAUGUUGAUUCAGGCUGGUGCUAACAUUGACACCUGUUCAGAAGACCAGAGAACCCCACUUAUGGAGGCAUCAGAAAACAACCAUUUGGACGCUGUAAAAUACCUCAUCAAGGCUGGAGCAUUAGUAGAUCCUAAGGAUGCAGAAGGCUCUACAUGCUUGCACCUAGCUGCCAAGAAAGGACACUAUGAUGUGGUUCAGUAUUUGCUCUCAAAUGGACAGAUGGAUGUCAAUUGCCAGGAUGAUGGUGGCUGGACACCAAUGAUUUGGGCCACAGAAUAUAAACAUAUUGAUCUUGUGAAGCUCUUGUUAGCUAAAGGAUCAGAUAUCAACAUACGAGAUAAUGAAGAAAAUAUUUGUUUGCAUUGGGCAGCCUUUUCUGGUUGUGUUGAAAUAGCAGAAAUAUUACUGGCUGCUAAGUGUGAUUUACAUGCAGUAAAUAUUCAUGGAGACUCACCUUUGCAUAUCGCAGCCAGGGAAAACCGUUAUGAUUGUGUGGUCCUCUUUCUUUCUCGUGGUUCUGAUGUCACUCUAAAGAACAAGGAAGGAGAAACACCACUCCAGUGUUCCAGCCUCAAUUCUCAGGUCUGGGGAGCUCUUCAAAUGAAUAAGAAUCUCCGCGAAUCUUCCAAUGAAAAACCCGUCCAACUAGAAAAGACAAUGAGUAGAGACAUUGCUCGAGGAUAUGAACGAAUUCCCAUUCCUUGUGUCAAUGCUGUGGACAAUGAGCCAUGCCCUAGUAACUACAAAUAUGUUUCACAGAAUUGUGUGACAUCUCCUAUGAACAUUGAUAGAAAUAUUACUCAUUUGCAGUACUGUGUGUGCAUAGAUGAUUGCUCUUCCAGCAACUGUAUGUGUGGCCAGCUCAGCAUGCGGUGCUGGUAUGACAAGGAUGGUCGACUUCUGCCUGAGUUCAACAUGGCAGAACCUCCUUUGAUCUUUGAGUGCAACCAUGCCUGUUCUUGUUGGAGGAAUUGCCGAAAUAGGGUUGUACAAAAUGGGCUUAGGGCUCGUUUACAACUUUAUCGGACACAAAAUAUGGGUUGGGGUGUACGGUCCAUGCAAGACAUUCCACUGGGGACUUUUGUCUGCGAAUAUGUUGGAGAGCUGAUUUCUGAUUCAGAAGCUGAUGUUCGGGAAGAGGAUUCCUAUCUCUUUGAUCUGGACAAUAAGGACGGAGAAGUUUACUGCAUAGAUGCUCGUUUCUAUGGCAAUAUCAGUCGUUUUAUAAACCACCUCUGUGAGCCCAACCUCAUUCCUGUGCGUGUCUUUAUGUCACAUCAGGACUUGCGUUUCCCUCGAAUUGCCUUUUUCAGUACUCGGCAGAUAGAAGCAGGAGAAGAGCUAGGGUUUGACUAUGGAGAUCGAUUCUGGGACAUCAAAGGCAAGUUCUUUAGCUGUCAGUGUGGGUCCCCCAAGUGCAAGCACUCCAGCGCAGCCCUGGCCCAGCGUCAGGCCAGCUCUUCCCAGGAUACCCAAGAGAACGGGCUCCCAGACACCAGCUCUGCUGCAGCUGCUGACCCUUUUUGAGGCCCUGAUCACCAAAACUGACAUUGUUCAACUCUUUAGAUUUAAAUACUGUUUAAAUUUCCAUUUAAAGAGGACAAGAAAUCUACAAAUGAAGUCCAAGAGAGGUCAUAAGAUUUAGGGGCUGUGCCACCGACUGUUACUUGAGGAAUUAUGAAAUAACAUGCUGAAUACUUUUUUGUUUCCGGUAAGUUCCCAGUUCAGUAGCCUGGGGCUAGGGGGGUGGGGGUGGGGAGAGAUGGGAUGACCCAUUUUACUAGGGGAAAUGUCAGAAACACCAUCUAUGGGUGUGAUAAUGGUGUUGUCAGAGGCAAGGGCAAGGUUCCCAGCCAUUUUAAAAUGGCAUUACUAGUUAGAAACGGCCAUUCAGUCAAGCAAUGUCCCAGUUCAUGACAGUGAACUUUGAAGUACUUGAUGUCACUCUUCCUAAAGUUUCCAGAAGUGAUUCACUUGGCACAGACCUUCUGAGUUUCUGAUGGUGGUUUUUGUGCAUUUUGAAGUUUAAUUUCUUCCUCUGGAUCUGGUGAUUGCCCAUGAUACUGAUGAAAUCAUUUUGGGCAAUGCACACUCUUCUAAAAGAUGCCUGUUAGUCACCAAACUCACUUUUCUGGAGUCCUUUUCUUUCCCUUUCUUGAAGCCCCUAUUUUGUGCCAGCCUGCCAAAGCCACCAUCACUCCCACAAGCUGUCUCCGUUAAGAGUCUGGCCUCCUUUGAGGUCUCCUCGGCAUGUUACUGGUUCAGUGUUUGUUUCCACGGGUGACACAUUACAGAAGGAUUUGUCUCUUCUUUCACAUUAACAAUCUUAGGGAGGAAGUUUUAAAGGGAUUGUACAAGACACUAACUUGGAAAAAUCGGUUUGCUUUUUAAGAAAUAUAUAUAUAUAUAUCUAGACACAUAUAUCAAACCUCUGACUGGCAUUUCUUUGAGAGGCUACUGAGCUCAGUAAGAGCUGAGGAGAGCCAAGGAUUGUGUAACAGGGAGAAGAUACCAACGCACCAGCUCGUCUGCUCCUGUCAGUUUAUUUGAUGCUGGGCACCUUUUAAUUUUUAAGCCACAUGCUAUGAUGAUUAAUAAACUGAUUUAUUUUCUACCAUUAUUGAACAUUAGGACAAACAAAAAAAUAAAAAAAAAACAACACAAACAACGGUGCUGAUUCUGGUGUGAUUUUUACUCACCAAGUGAAUAUAAACUAUCAAUUGUAUAAAAAGAACAAAGUGAUUUUAGUAUAAAAUGCAGGAGAACCUUUUUUUAAAUUGUUAGUAUUGUAGUGUGAAUAAAAUUGCCAUCAACUUUUGUGUGAUGGCUUGGCAGGUCAUAUAAUUUUUUUUGCAUCUAUCUUUUUAAAUACUGUAAUUAGUGCAGUAACCGUGGGUUUUUUUGUGCAACUCUUCUAAAACAUUCAUAAUGCGGUCAUGUUUAUUUUUUUCUGUUAAAAUGUUUUUGACAGUUUUAAGAGCAGUCUUUUGGCUCAGACCAUUUCUUGUUCUGUUUUCAAUGAAAUCAAUAAAAAAGUACUUUAAAUGA